AUGCCAAAAUACGAAGUUACGCUUAUAUCACUGAGUAAAAUCAUACAAGAGUUACACUUUGGACCGUAUGCUAAGGAUUGGUGGAUUCCUCGUUUAGCUAAUGAUAAUGAUGGUUUUGAGCCUGGAUAUUUAUGCCAAUCCGAAGCGUUGCAAAGUAAUAUAUGUAAACAUUCAUCAGAAGCAGUUACCUCUGCGUAUCAACAGGCCUUUUUUACAAAAACUAGAUUAGACGGUCUUUUAGUUAUGGGAUUUGACAACCCAGAAAUAUGUAAAACAUUACUUACUGAUAUUCAUUUUCAUCCUUAUACUUUUAAAAUCGGGAAUGUAAGUUUGACAAUAUUCAGAAUUGGUAAAUCGAACAAUCCUAAUUGGAAUUAUGCUGGAAAAGGAUACCAAAGCUCUUUUGUACAUAACUUUCGCAAAACUCGGGCAUUGUUUGUUCAAGAAUUUAGUAAUAAAGAGGCAAUUAUUAAAAUAUAUCAAAAUUCACAAGAAACAUAUGUUUUUUGUGAUACUGACCCUAAUGCAGUAUGGAAUAAAAUUGCUAAAGAUCAAGCUAUUUUAAAGCAGUUAUAUGAAUGUGGAUAUCUUCAAACUACUCCUGGGAAUUACGAAAAUAUCGUGGACCAAUUUUGGAACGCAUUCCAGGACGCUCUAGAUAGUAAUAUUCGUGAAAAUGAUGGGAAAAGAAGAAUAUUAUCUAUCAUUGCUGAUAAACUUCCCUAUAAUAUAAUAAAAGAAAAAUUAUCUGUUAGUUUUGAAUUAUCUAAUUACUGA